UAAAUACCUCUCGCAGUCCCGUCACUUACCAGACCAUUUCGGUGAUCUCUAUUAUUUUAUUUGACAAAAACAACAACGUCAUUUAAGGGUUAACUGAAGACGGAUUUUGUAACAUAGGUAACCGAAGUUCUCGUGACUUCCACUGAACAGUUAUAAAUACAAGUAGGCAAAGCUAAAAUUGUCUCUUACGGUCUACCUGUUUAACUUCAAACACAAGAUGCUUAUAAAACUAAAGUAUCUUUAUUUUCUGCUUCCCACUUUGUUAUUCAAAUGUAUUGCCACAGUGCCCAUCCAAACUGCAAGUGACUUCGUGGAAGAAAGCCUGCGCGUUCGAGUAAGACGACAAGACGGGACGCUGACGCAGCAAAUGUUUUACGCGUACCCCGUGCCGGCCGGUGGCGACACCGUCAACAUAGGAAAAACUGCGGGGACCACCGCUGCGACCGCCGCUCCAGCAGGCACUGCUGGUGGAUACAGUUACAAGUCCUCAUCUACUGGUAACGCCGGAUAUAAUUAUGGCACGUCAUCCACCGGAGCCCAGACUAGCACAGGCUCUCAGGUUACCAGUACUGGAUCGCAAACUACAGUAACCGGCACUCAAACUGCCACUAAUGCUGGCUCCUCCGGUAACGCUGCUUCAGGUUACGGUUACAACGCACCUUCGCCCACUCUUUCCCCGACACUUCAGGGCUCUUUAGAGGUCUCGACAAAUGCUCCUAAAUAUUUGCCACCAACAGGUGCAGGUACAAGUGGAAGUACCACAACUGGGGGUAGUGUAAGCAUAGGAGGUGUUUCGGUCACUUCUGGAUCAGGUCAAGUCACCACCGGUGGGACUACAACUUCCGUGCAAACCGGAUCUGUGGGAACUCCAUCUGAUACAUAUCUACCACCUUCGGUGACUACAAAUACAGCAACAUCAGGCCAAACAGUUACUUCAACAUCUACAAAAACUCAAACAAACACAGGUGGAACAGUUUCAGUGCCAAGUCAAUCUUACUUGCCACCAAACACUUCGUCGGGACCUUCUCCGGCACCUUCUCCGGGGUAUAACUCCGGGCCAGCAGCGUCACCACAACCAGGUUACAUACCGCCGUCUAGAACUAAUACGGGAACUGUGUCGACACCUGCAUCGACUUAUUUACCCCCGUCUUUCUUUUAAUCAG